AAGACGAGACGCCGAACAGAAGCAUUCGGUUGCAGUUAGCUGGUUGUAGAGUGAAGAAAGCAGGCUCUUCGGUAGCGACAUAACCACCGAGAUUGGAUAUGGCUCAAGUUGUUGCAAAUCUUCCCAUGGAGGAGAAUGGUAAACGGGAGAACGGCGGCAGUCCGGCAGCCGUUGCCCGCAAACGAGAAGGACCUUUCGCCAGUCCAAUGAAAUUGUACCGGGGAGUUCAACUCAUCCAGCGUAACUAUGACCUUAUGCCUGAUCUGGAGAAAUUCGAAGCCUUUCCCGACGACAUCAUAGUGGCUACGUUUCCCAAAUCCGGCACCACCUGGAUGCAAGCCAUCGUGACCUUAAUUCUGAAUAAAGGCGAUCCCAGCUGCCUGCAUAACGGCCUGCUGGAGGAGAAGUGGCCGUACCUGGAAAGCGGGAAGAAGGUGCAGAAUGGCCGGCAUCUAGAUUGUGCGCUGAGCAUGCCGCGACCUCGCACGCUGAAAACGCAUCUGGCAUGGCAGGCACUACCUGAUUCGGCACACCAAGCCAAAAGUCGUAUAAUUUACGUAGCACGGAACCCGAAAGAUACCAUCGUGUCCAUGUAUUACUUUAUGAAAUCUCAUCGCGUUCUGGAUUACCGUGGAGACUUCGAGGAUUUUGUGCGAUUGUUUUUAAGGGACGAAGUCGUCUACUGUCCGUACUUUGGCAAUGUGGCCAGCUACUGGACACUGCGCAACCACGAUAACGUCCAUUUCACGACCUACGAAAAACUCCACAAGGAUCCGGUUAAGGAAGUGCAACAAGUGGGCGAAUUCUUGGGACGGUCACUAACGAAGGAGCAAGCCGAACACAUUGUUCACUAUACCACUUUUGACGAAAUGAAGAAUAACGACUGCGUCAACUAUUCGCAGACUCACAAAAAUGGCAUUAUCGAUUUCAACAUUGCUCCGUUUUUCCGAUCAGGAAAAAUCGGCUCCUGGAAAAACCAUUUUACCGUGGCACAAAACGAGAUUGUUGACGAAUGGAUUGCUAACAGUCUUGCUAGCAAGGAAUUGCAAGGACUGCAUUUCGACUAUGUCUAAACCUACAGACUACAGAGUAUAAACUGAAUUUCUCCAGCAACACGAUGAAAAAUGAUACCGUUUGGUGUGGCCUUUAAAUUUAAGAUUUCAGACUUUGUUUCGUAUGCAGUGUGCACUUUAUUGAACUGCUAUUCUGAAGAUUUGCUUCUGCUAUGUUAACUUUGAUUGUGCGUUUUAAAUUGCAAGCUAUUGCGCAUCACAUACGCAGUUGUAUUAAAAUCAUAAAUGCCGGGAAACCUGUAAACUGUAACA